AUGGUGUGGAAUGUUCAAGGGGCGGGUUCUAAAGCUCGUAAGAGGGUUUUUAGAAAUUUCUGUUUGAAGUACCGUUUGGAUAUUGUAGGCAUUGUUGAGCCUAGAAUCAGUGGUAGAAAAGCCGAUGACUUUGUUAAAGCUAGUGGUUUCGAUUUCUCUCAUAGAGUGGAGGCGAAUGGUUUUUCUGGAGGUAUCUGGAUUUUGUGGAAGUCUGUUGUAAAGGUUGAGGUGCUGAUUAACAACAAACAUUUUAUCCAUGUCAGGGUGGGUGAAGGUGUAGACUCUUUUUUAUUAACGAUUAUUUACGCGAGCCCAAAUGCUGCUCUGCGUAAAUUUGUGUGGGAAGACCUCUCUUUAAUAGCUGCUGGUAUCCGAGAGCCGUGGAUCUUAGGAGGGGAUUUUAACGCAGCGAUGAAAGAAGGGGAGAAGAGAGGUGGAGCAGUGGGCUGUACUGGUUUGUGCAAUCUCUUUAAAAGCUGGGUAGAGGAUAAUCAUUUGGAGGACCUGGGUUUUAUCGGUCCUAAGUUUACUUGGAGGAGAGCCUGGGUGGGGCAUCCCAAAUUUUUGAAUUUGGUUGAAAAUAACUGGAAGUCGCAGGAACCUCUAGUUAAUUGUAUUAACCGUUUUACUGAAGAGGUGAGACAUUGGAAUCACCAUGAGUUUGGGAACAUCUUUAAGAGAAAGAAUAACCUGCUGUCUCGUAUUAAUGGGAUUCAGAGAACUAGAGAGGUGUUCUUUUCUCAGAAGCUUGCUGAUCUGGAGCAGAAGCUUAAAGUGGAGCUGAAUGAAACUCUCUUACAGGAAGAGUUGUUGUGGAUUCAAAAGUCUCGUUCAGAGUGGAUUUUGGAUGGUGAUCGUAACACUAAAUUCUACCACCAAAAAGUUAAGCAGAGGAGGCGGAGGAAUAAGAUUGUGGCGCUUAAAGACGAAGAGGGUAACAUUAUUACGGAUCAGGAAGCUCUUAAGGAGCUGGCUUUAAACUUCUUCUCUAAUCUUUUUACUGGAGCUGGUGACCUAGAGAGCUUACCGCCUAGUGAGUUCUCUUUUCCUGUGAUUGAGGCUUCUAUCUUGUCUAAGAUCUCGGCGGUUGUGACGGAAGAGGAGAUCAAGCUUUCUUUGUGGGAUAUGAAUCCCUGGAAAGCCCCUGGGAUAGACGGUCUACAUGCCUCUUUCUAUCAAAGCCAUUGGAGCAUCGUGGGCCAGAAGCUUGUUAGUUUUAUUAAAGAUAUUUUUUCAGGUAGCCCCAUUCCGCCUGAAGCUAAUAAGACGCUCAUUACUCUGAUCCCUAAGAAUGAUUACCCGGAGUCUCUAAAACAAUACCGCCCUAUCAGCUUAUGUAAUGUUUCUUUUAAGAUUAUCACCAAGUUGAUUGCCAGAAGAUUGCAGCAAAUUAUGCCGGUUAUCAUAGGACCGGAACAAACCAGUUUUGUAGCGGGGCGUCACAUUACAGACAACAUUAUUUUGGCACAGGAAGCCAUGCAUUCUAUGCGGAAAAAAACAGGAAAAAGGGGUUAUAUGGCAAUCAAAAUUGACCUCGAAAAAGCUUAUGAUAAGAUUUCUUGGCAUUUCCUUCAAGAAACUCUUGUUUUAGCUGGAGUUCCGGAGAAUAUUACUAAAGUGAUUAUGCAGUGUGUUACCACUACGACGUUAAGUAUCAUGUGGAACGGGGCUCCACUUCCUGCUUUCCAUCCUUCUUGUGGUCUUCGUCAAGGUGACCCACUUUCCCCAUAUCUCUUUGUUUUGUGUAUAGAGAGGCUUGCGCAUAUGAUUAACUCGGCCGUUACUAAUGGGAGUUGGAGGCCGCUUCGUUUGGGCAGGAACAACCCUCCUCUAUCCCAUUUAUUUUUUGCGGAUGAUCUUAUGUUGUUCUGUGAAGCUUCUUUGGAUCAAGGAAGAGUGGUGAAUCAGAUUCUCCAAACCUUUUGCAAAGCGUCGGGUCAGCGAGUUAAUAAUGAAAAAACUAAAGUGUUGUUCUCGUCGAAUAUCUCGAAUAAUAUGGGUAAUAUGAUUGCCAACAACUUGGGUUUCUCGAAGACUUCUGAUUUAGGGAAGUAUUUGGGAAUGGACCUAAUUCAUGGGAGAGUUUUAAAUAAGCACUCUAAGGGUCUUAUGGACAGAAUCAACAGUAGACUGGCGAGCUGGAAAACUAGAGUGCUAUCCAUGGCAGGGCGUUCUACUCUUAUAAAAUCUGUUGUUUCCUCUAUUCCUAUAUAUUCGAUGCAAACCAUGGCUAUUCCUAUGGGUCAUUGCAACCAAAUUGAGGCGGAUAGUCGUAAAUUCCUUUGGGGAUCUUCUGAUGGGAAUCGCAAGCUGAAUCUUGUUAAAUGGGAUUAUGUUUGUCAGCCUAGGAGUAAUGGAGGCCUUGGUUUUAAGAAGAUGAAAUCCAUGAAUGUUGCUCUUUUGAUGAAGUUGGGGUGGAGCUUAAUCACUAAUCAAGACAAACUCUGGGUUAAAGUUGUUGCGGGGAAAUACAGAUUUGAUUUUGAGAAUCCUUCGUUACCUAGGUUGAAGGGUUCAUCUCAUCUUUGGCAAAAUCUGUAUAAGAUCUGGAGCGAUGUGCGUCAAGGAGUGCGUUGGGCUGUUUGCGAUGGCAAGAAGGCUCGCUUUUGGUUGGAUCCGUGGCUCGGAGAAAACGUGGUGCUUAGCCAGGUAGCUAUUGAUCAAAUUCCUCCUGAAGAAAUUAAUGGCACUGUUAGUUAUUAUUCUGAUAUUAACGGUAACUGGAGCUGGAACAAAUUCACCCAUCUCCUACCGUUUGACUACUUGAGCAAAAUAGCUAAUUCUUGCCCUCCAAAUGAGGAGAAUGGUCAAGAUUUUAUUUACUGGGGGCUCUCCCCUUCUGGGAAUCUUUCUACUAAGUCUGCCUAUAAUCUUAUUGAGAGUCGGAAUUGGGAGGCCACAAAUACCUGUUGGAAAGUUACUUGGGAGUGGACUGGCCCUGAGCGCAUUAAACAGUUUAUUUGGCUUGUUAUGCAUGGAAAACUUCUUACUAAUGCGGAGCUAAAUAGGAGACAUAUUUCAGAUUCUGCUGUCUGCAGUAGAUGUGGAGUAGAGGUGGAAGAUUGCGAUCAUGUUUUGAGAAAGUGUUGGGUCACUAAGCUUCUAUGGUCCAGAUUUGUGAAACCUGCAGAUAGGGCGCUCUUUUUUAAUGUUCCUUUUCAGGAAUGGCUUGUGGAUAAUUUAUCGGGCUCUUAUAAGUUGAAUUAUGAUGGUGACUGGCCUCAGACUUUUGGAGUGAUUAUUUGGAAAGCUUGGCAUUGGAGAAAUCUUGUGGUCAUUGCUAAGGAAGAUGCUCCUUUAUCUCAGAUCUUUUAUGAGAUCCAGACGCAAUUGAGGUAUAUGCAGGCUUCUCAAUCUUGCGUUCUGUUGGCUAAGAAAGCUACGAAAGAGAAGACUACUGUCAGCAUCGGUUGGUCUUGUCCGCCUAUGAACUGGGUCAAGAUUAAUACUGAUGGGGCUUUUGACCAGAGGACGGGGAUAGCAAAAGCUGGUGGUCUGGUGAGAAAUGCUAUGGGUAACUGGCUGGGUUCGUUUUCAAUGACUAUCGGUUAUGACUCAGUUUUGGGAGCUGAGUUUAAAGGGGCCUACCACGGUCUUCUCCUUGCUUGGAAUCUGGGGUGUAGGAGAGUAAUUCUCGAAGUGGAUAAUAAAAUGGUGGUGGAAAAGGUUAACAGUAAUGAAAUGGCGGGUCAUCAUUCUAAUCUGUUGUGCGCUGUUAGAGCUUUGAUAGCAAGGAAUUGGGAGGUGAAGGUUCAGCAUGUUUACAGAGAAGCUAAUAAUGCUGCAGAUCACUUAGCUUCUAAAGGUCAUGGAGAUUUGAGCGGCUUAGUCGUUCAUGAGAGUAUUCCGAGCAGUCUAGUGUCGUGGAUCCUGCAUGAUAUGCAUGGGACCGCUUAUGAUAGAAACAUCUGUGUUUGA